AAACUGAUUAAGGCUCUACGCACCAACAAUCUGCUUCCAGCAAUCGUGUUUUUACCGACACGCCGUAAGUGCGACGAAGCGGCAACAGAAGUUGCGCUCGACAAAUCGCAAAAAACAGACAGCGAAAAACAACUCAUUCGUGAACAGAUUUUUGAAGAAUUUGCGGCUGAAAAUCCUGAAAUAAAACGUCAUAAACACCGCAAGGUUUUGAUACGCGGCGGCGUUGCGGCGCAUCACGCGGGACAUAUUCCGGCGUGGAAAUUACUGAUCGAAAAAAUGAUGUCGAAAGGAUUGCUCAACGCGAUCUUUGCGACUUCGACGGUUGCCGCCGGAGUCGAUUUCCCGGCCCGCACGGUCGUUAUCACAAACGCCGACGCACGCGGCAACGACGGCUGGCGCACGCUUCGCGCAUCCGAAUUACAGCAAAUGACCGGACGUGCCGGACGGCGCGGAAAAGACAAUGUCGGGUUUGCGGUACUCGCGCCGGGACAAUUUCAAAAUCCGAAAAAGAUCGCCGAGCUUCUCAAAUCUCCGCCCGACGAACUGCAAAGCAAAUUUCGUUCGACCUACACGAGUCUUUUGAAUUUGCUUGAUGCCUUCAAAAGUUUCGGACAAGUCCGCGAAAUUGCGGAGAAAAGUUUUGCCUUCCGCGAAACCGCGCAUCAAAUCGACAAGCUCGAAAAACUGCGC